AUGGCCACCAACACCGAACACAACGCUGUCAACUCGGCAGUCAACGGCGAUACCUCUACACAUGCCCAGGACUUUGAGAAAGCCACUCGAGGCAUGAGCCACGAAGAGAAGACCGCGGCUCAAAAUGCGGCUCGCUUUGGAUAUGGCCCUUUGGCUCACAUGCGAACAAACGCGGAUGCUACCCUGCCUGCCUUUGGUGGUGAAUUCCAACCCGGUCUCUACAGAGGCGUCGAGAAGCGAAAGUUUGCCAACCCGGCUCCUCUGGGCUUGUGCGCUUUCGCCUUGACCACCUUCGUCCUCAGCUUGAUCAACUUGGGCACUCGAAACGUUAAAGUUCCUGCUAUUGUCAUUUCUCUCGCUUUUGGCUAUGGUGGUCUCGUCCAGCUCCUCGCUGGCAUGUGGGAAAUGGCCGUCGGCAACACUUUUGGUGCUACCGCUUUGUCCUCAUACGGCGGGUUCUGGAUCUCCUUUGCCAUCAUUCUCACCCCCGGCGGCUUUGAGAUCGAAUCUACAAUCAUUGAAAGCCAGAACGCCAAAGCCCUGACUGACUGUCUCGGCUUUUAUCUGAUGGGCUGGUUCAUCUUCACCUUCAUCCUCCUCAUCUGCACUCUCAAGUCCACCGUGGCCUUCUUCCUCUUGUUCUUCACCCUCGACCUGGCCUUCUUGAUGCUGGGAUGCUCGUACCUGGUCCUCGAGAACGGCGAACCUCACGUUGGUCUGACCCGUGCCGGCGGUGCGUUUGGAAUCCUUGCGGCAUUCUUGGCCUGGUACAACGCCCUCGCCGGUAUUGCCGAUACCUCGAACAGCUUCUUCAUCGUGCCCGUCCUCCACUUCCCGUGGUCUGAGAAGGGCCGAGCAGCUCGUCGCGAGGACAAGGCCGACAGCUCCGUGUAA